AGUUGAUGUCGACGUGAACGGGGACAGUUGUUCAAAAUAUCACUGUCACGGCUCAUUGGAUCUUAAUGCUUUUUUUCUGACAAAACUCAUCCAAUCGGCUGACACUUACCAAUCACGAUCUUACCCGCGGGUUAUUUACCGGAUGAUGGUUUUACAGAUAAUAGGUAAUGGCCUCGUUAGGUUGUUGAAGUCAUUGCCAGUUGUUGAUCAAGACUCCAGAGGUUAGGCCUGUCAGCGAGAGAACUGUCCGUUGGUUUAGUCAAGCUCUGUACCUGUUUAACAGGUCAGUGUUGGAUUUCUUUGAACCAUUACUUCGGCUGAAUCUCAUUGGAAGGUUAUCCCGAAACCAAAGACCGUUAGAUGAUUUAAUGUCAAUAUUUGCUCCGUUUACUGCAGGAUCUGCGAAUCGUGAUUAGUUUAUCAAUUAACAUAUUCGGGAUAAACUUGAACCAAAAACGCGAAAUGAGGAAGAUCCCUAGCGAAAACGUAUACAAAUUUGAACAACGCCCCGGCGUCGGUACCUCGCUGGUUGGUCGCCGAUGCAAAGGUUGCGGCAACAGCUGACGAGGUUAAAAGCGUGUCGUCUGCCUUACCGGACUUCUCACACACGCGCUCAAUGUUUGGAAACACAACACAACAGAGGAGGUUGAUAUGAGAGGAGGGCCGAUGUGGCUUUCAAACUUUUGUGAGUUACAUGACGUUUGUGUGUGAAGUGCCAUCCGUAGCGAGAUUUUGGCGAGAAGGUGGACCUCCGGGAUAGCCAUUCACAGUGUUCAAAUUGUCGUCUGCUUUACACUCGUAGUUUAAAUUGCAUUGAUCUGGAUACUGUGUGAUGGCCGGACGUCGGAUUAUCGUCAGAACUAUCAUCACGGAUCCCAUUCCAAUUCAAUAAGUUUUCUUUGAAAUAUUUUGGAAUAUUGGCUCUGAUUUCUUGUAAUGCCAGUUUAAUGAAUUCACACCUGAACAAUUCGACAUGUGUUGAUGGAGCUUGAACGCCUUGGCGAUUUAUGGAUCUAAUCAAGAUUGGAUAGUAAUCAGCUCAGUGGACGCUUGGAUAUAAAACCACCAAUUUGGCGUUGGUCAGUCACCUGGUUACCUUGACAACCUAAUAUCACGGUGAUCCCCUUACCCUCAUCACGCCAGCUUCAUCAUCGAUAGCCUCUCAAUCGGGAGUCAAUUGGCUCGGCUGAGUUCACAGUAUUGUCACACUUUACAGUAAUGUUCUGUGUUGUAGCUGUUGCGUUCGAUCGGAUUACAACCGCUUUUGUGAUUUACUCUGGUGUCUUAUUCAGCUGAGACUGGCGUUACAUUCGGUACUAGCGUUCUGCACGUCGUACAAUGGAUGUCUUGGGUCUACAGUUCCAGUCUUCACACACACUAUCGUGCUCAAACAACCAUCAUCUUAAUACAAUGGAUACGUUUCUAGGGUAAUGGUUGUCGGAGCAGACGACAGUUGAGUUCCAAUGCUGAGUUUGCUGAACCGAAAACAGGAGGCAGUUGACAAUGACGGAGGGGCUCCCCCUCUUACCCCGCGUCUGUCAUGGGCGGCUGACUACCCUUCCCCCCGUCCUACUGGGUCGAGAAAGACCCCGGGGGUUGAGCUGACCAACGGGACCCCACCUCGACCCCGUCAGCCACGUAAAGCACCCACACCUGUGAGAUUUACCGUUGGAGGGCCAUGGGCACUUAAAGAAUGCGAGGAGCACACAACCUGGGUAAAUGAGACCCUCAGGAAAGCAAAACUCCCCCUAAUCGACGAUCUAAGACGGGCAGUGUCGGAUGGAGUAACCUUGGUGCGCCUGUUAGGAGCUCUAGAACGAGCACCGGUGCCAGGAGCUGAGACUGACCGUUCGCUGACCAGAUCGGAGGUGCUGGUCAACCUAUACCGGUGUCUAUCGUUUCUAGCUGACAGGCAGGUGGACACCGCUGGACUAGAUGCUGAAGAUUUAGCAAAUGGGGACUUAAGGUCGACGCUUGUGUUACUCGGUAACAUUAGAAAGAAUUAUGAUAGUGGGUACGGCCACCGCUCCGAGGGAGACGGAGGACUGAGUUCCCCGAAACAGGAAUCAGACAACGCUCCCUGGCUCAACAUGCCGGGGAGGCUUUCAGUGGAAGGGGGGCAGAAUCGAGGGCAGCCCCCACCCAUUAAAAAGGAGAAGCCCCUUCCACCACAGCGGAGGUCAGCUUUCGGCGUCCCCAUCCCUGCUGCAGGCAUCCCGGGGAUGAUAGGAAGGGAUGAGGCAGAACAACCACGCCCGGCCUCAGCUCAAAAUAUAGUUUCGACGACGGAGUUGAGCAGCAAUGGCGUGUCGCAGUUCGGCGUGGAGGAGAGACGCCAGUUCAUGUCUGGCAACCCCUUCCUCCCAACAUCGAGGGGGCAGGGACAUGCCAACUGGGAGGGGGGUCGUGCAGGGCAGGACAGACCCCCUCAGGCUGUCAGUGCGUGGAGCUCGGGAGGCCAGUAUAACGCACAGCAUCAAGGUCACUUUAACCCUCCCGUGAGUGUGGAGGAUAGAUUGAAAAAUCUGAUUGACAACAAACCCCAUGCCGCUAGACCCGCCCCUCAGCACGAGGAAGGUGAGCUGCUCGUGCCCCCUGCCCCCACACCCCGAGGGUACGACGAGACCGUCAACAGUGGGUACUACAGGGGGUCCUACCCUGGGCCGGGGCCGUCAGGCUACAACCAACAGGGGAGGUUCCAUGGUCAGCCUGUGGGUUAUGUGCCUUCCAAACCCUCCGAGAGACGCCUUGGUUCCCGGGUAGACAGCAUCAUCGACAACAGCAAGGCCAAACUCCCUCCUCCCUACCCUAAGCCGACCCCUUCUCCCCGCCAACAGUACGAGAAUCCAGCCUUCACUCCCGACGAGCAAACUGUCAAACAAGGUUUUUCCAUGACCAGUGUGUCCAGUGCCCGUCCAGUUAAAGUGGGCGGGGAUGACCUCCGCUCUGCCUGGAACCGACUGUAUGGAGCCCCAGAGUGGAGACCCGCCAGCAACCAGCCGGCGUCACAGAACCCACAGAACUCCUACUACGGGGUAUUUGCAUUAGGACCAACACAGAAAGAAAAGCAACAGGAACAUCUUCAGCAGUAUCAACAGCAAAAGCAACAGCAGCAGCAGCAACAACAACAACAUCAGGAACAACAGCAUAAACAACGAAAGUCAAGCCUGGACCAGUUGAGUACCACUGUCAGAAUUAGCCCUACAGGUCAAAGUUCAAGUACUCAAGGUCAACAGUCAGGGUCAAAUUCAAGCUCCUUCUCUGGAAAAGAACACCGGCUUCAGCACGUUAAACCAGAAGAAGAUGACGAUGACAACGACGAAGUCAGAGACGACACUGCCGACAAAAACCUGGACGCUUUGUCAGAACAGGCACUGGGACCCUCUGCCAAAUAUCCAGAACAACCCGGAAGUCGUCCUUCAAGUGCUACACAAGGUCAAGGGUCGUCAAGCAACAGGCAGACGACAGACAGCCGUCAUGAACAGGACAUUGCGAGGUCAUUAGAGCAAAGGCUUUCGGUGCAAAGGAUUGGUGACAGUGAAAACAAUAACGUGUUUUCCAGAUUAAACCAGGUACAACGGAAAAAUGAUGAAAAUAGUGUGUUUUCUAGGACUAAUCCUGUGCCAAAUAGAAUACCGCCGGAAAUAUCCCCACGGACUAAUAUUGCAGCUCAAAGACAUUUUCAAGCCGAACAUUCUUCCCAGCAUAAAAUUCAUCCUUCCAGACUCUCAGAAACAAACCCGUCUCCUCACGUGAACCAGGGUUUUGUUGAUAGCGAUGAUGAAAGCGGUCAAUAUCAUAUAGGGGCCGCAGAGAGUAUAUUUGACUAUGCAAGCGAGUCUUCUUCCCGCUCUGUGACCCCUCCCCUUCCUCCCCUGUCCCCCGACUCAACCCCUAGGGGAGGCCUUGAGCCCCUCUCCAAGUACAGCCGAUCCUACAGCGCCAGUAACGUGUCCCCACCCAAGACGCCCGAUCUCCUGUCAUCCACAGCCAGACCCGGGUCUGUGUUCGACAAGCGAGACCUCAGGGCGUCCAGUAGUCAGAUUGACAUGAUGGGCGUCAGUAGGCAUGGCAAGAAGGCACCCAGGGUGAACCCAACACCCAGGCAACACCACAGAACUAGGACCAAUCUUACCAGAGUCCAAGCCCACAGUCUGGAGGAUCUGCGAGAGUCUGGUAACGAGAGUAAUUUGUCCUUCGACGUGGAGAACACGAUGUUGAUGGUGGAUCCUGAGAGUGAACAGUUCACAGACAACGACAACAUCUCACCCAAGGACGCCAGGGCUCUCCGACAGAAGCUGCAGGGGCUGGAGUCCGUGUACCAUCAGGUCCUCCGUCAGGCGGGGGCGGACAUCCCCAGGACCUCCUUCAGAAGGAGGUGGAGCAUCGGGAGCUCAGACACCAGCUCCAUCAACAGAGGGAAGCGCUUCCGGUCCAGCGCCUCGCAUAGGAACUACUCCCGGGAUAUCAAAGCAAUCCAGCGACGCUUCCAGAAACUUGAAUCCCACGUGGUGACGUUGGCGCGGAGCGUGGCGCACCUGUCGUCGGAGCUACGAAACCAGACGUCCUUGACCCACGAGAUGGACACAGUUAAGAAAGAACUACGUGAACUACGUCAACAGCAACAUGUACACAACCUCAACAAUACACCUUUCAACAACAACGUCACUGACUUUGAGCGGUUCAGGGGGUGGAUUCCUUCACUGACCAACCCGAAGCGGGUUAACAAACUUACCAAAUUCUUUGGCCAGGAACCUCCACUGUUAGAAAUAUUUUUACAGAAACUAGGUUACGAAAGAUAUGCGAAGAACUUCUCAAACGAACACAUCGGCAUGAUAGAGUUACCCUACAUGACAGAGGACCGUCUGCAGAGCAUAGGGAUCCCAAUGGGACCAAGGCUGCGGAUCCUGCAGGAGGCCCAGCUCUGCUUCAGGCAGGAGAACUUCAACAUUUACAUCGUGUGACGAGACCUGUAGAAGGAUACCUAAGACAAUAUUGUAGCAGGACUUCAACAUUUACAUAGUGUGACGCUACAUACCUGAGACCUACAGAACCAUCACUUAAACAUUUACAUCUUGUGACAUGACCUAUAGAGAGACGUAUAAGAAACAUUACUUCAACAUGUACAUCGUGUCAUGUCAACUCUUGUGAAACACAUUAUACGUGCGAGAAGCUACAACAUAUAUAUAUAUAUAUGGAUAUCUACGGAACAUAUGUCGUGAAACUAUGUGAAUAUCGCACAUGAGAACAAGACAGCGCAUAUGCUAAAUGACAGUGCUGUUCUUAUUGGCAAUUAAUUGCCAUGUGUCAUAAUCAAAUCUCAACUGAGAACCUGAAAGGCAUUGAGAGGAUUCCAGCGUGAAUUGUGCAGCCCAUGUACCCUAGAGAUGAACGACCGUUGCUAUUUCGAUCACCUCACCAGGUCUGGGAACUUACUUGAAAGCUGUUCAUAGGUAAUUCAUGGAUAGCACAAUCCCCCAACAUAAUCAACGCUAGUGCUUCCUUGGUUGUGUGCAGGAAGACAUGUCAUGGAUAUAGUGCUUAUUUACCAACAGGGUGUUGUUUCAGAAUCUUGUGUUUGUGGCAAUAGCUGCAUGAUAAUCAACACUGUUUUGUAUAGCAUUACUGAUAGCUGAAGUGCUGAAACUUGCUGAAAGAGCAUGCUGAAAUAUGUAGCGAAUAUACAUAUCAACUCCACAGUCAAAGAAAAGGUAUCCCUGUUCAAAUAUUGUGCUAUUUCGGGAGAUACUUUCUUAUACCGUUACAUGGCAUGCUUCAACAUUCUCGAUUAUCCAGCUUUUCAAUAACAGCAUUUUGACAAUUGAACACAUGUCGAGUCUGGAUGAUGGAGGGUUGUCGUCAAUUUGGUGCAAAGUAUCAUUGUUUUCCUAUUGGAUUAUUAUGAUUAGUGUUAUCUGUGUCAUUUGUCAGGACUGGAAGAGAUGUUUGAAAGAGCAAAGGCUUCUGAACGACUACCAGAUUCACAUCGGGAAGACAAGAAAUGUCAAGAAGACAUAAACGACUUGUCACAGAGUAGAGCUCUACAAUCAACCAAUAUUCGACACAAUCAUCAUUUUGUUCACUUUUUUUUUAAAUCCUGGUUGUGUAAACCUCAUUAACGGCAUCUUCCCUGAGAAAUCGUUUAUCCAAUAUUGACGUGCCCCAACUACCUAAUGUUUAGGCAGUGGUUAAUAUUAGGUAUAUCUUUCCCUUUGAGAAUGUACUUCGAUCAUACAAAACGCAAUACCUGUAGACGUCUUUCUGUAGUUUGUUGUGUGUGUUUCGAAUUUGAGAACUUUCCUGUCACUCCGCGAUCUAUAGUCACCCUUAGCCAGCGCCCAUUCGUCACCACUCGCCCCGUUCCGUAAUCUCCAAGAAGACCGGAAUAAUAUGAGUGGGUCACGAACGCUCUAGGUCUUUUCUGUAGCGUGUUUUUACUUUCAUCGAAAUGGUAAAAGAAUGCUGGCGUUGGUUCCAUGUCGAAAUGUUCAAAACACUGUCAGGUUCGAUCUUUUGUCGUUUGAAAUUACUAUCGUAUGACAUUACAUUACCGGGAACAUGUCUGAGGCGUUAACAACACUCGGUAACUUCCGUCAUGAUAAUUGUGUCGUGGCCAUUCGGAACUUCUCGGUAAAACUGAGAUCUUCCUUUCGAAAAUAGUAUAUGAGUAUACAGGAUUAUAUGAUGUAUUUCUCGGUGAGGAUUGCAAGCACUGUGUACACGACUCUUACCAACAUACGAAUGUCACGUGUCAUUUACAUCACGCCAAUGUAGACGAGGUAACAAAAAAAACCACGUAAUCGAAAUGCCUUUACAUUUUGAAUGAUUCUUGAAAGGGGCGGCCAUUUUGUUUGAACUGCUUUUGUUAAUUUGUUAUUUUUAUCACCAUUUAAAAAAAAAGAAAGUUUAAUGUCAUUGACCAAAUGUGGUUAUGGAUUUAUGAAUGAUUGCGAUUACAUCCGGCGAUUUAUUCAUUAUCAAAAGAGGGACCUGGAUAGGUUAUGUUUACUAUACAAUUAUUGGCCCCUAAAACCAUAUUGGUGAAUCUUAAACAUGAGAAGGGGAGUAUAUAUCACGACUCGCAUGUCAAUUUAAUCAAUAUGUUCAGGUUUUUGUGACAUAGUUGGUAUUUGGAAAGAUAAUCAUUAAUUUUCCUGAAUGAGCCACAACAUGCCAUCAAGACAAUCAACCUGUUGUUUCCACAGUACCAUCCCCCACCCAUUUCGCCGCAUCCUUGGUCUAUUGUACGUCAACGUCUACGAUCUUGCCAACACAGAACAGCAUGUGCUUAUGCGGACGAUUUCGUCCAUAUUGAUGAGUUUUUGGCGGCUCAAUUGUUGAAAUAUAGUAGUAUUAUUGUUAGCUCUGUCUUCAACAUUAUGAUCAAAAUACAUUUGACUGAAUUUGUUUCAUUAGUUCGAGUAUGCAACAAUUUAAGAUUCAUUUGCAGGAUCUGUCUUUAUUAAGUUCCGUUUAACUUGAUUUGUGAUUGUAUUCACGAAAGCCAUUGCUCUUAGUAACCUGUGUAUUAACAGUUUUCGUGACUGUGCACUCUAACAACACCUUU